AUGGAUGAUUGCAAAAGCACUACUACUCCAAUGAAUCAAAAUGAGAAAUUUAGCAAAGAUGAUGGAGCUGAUAAAGUUGAUGAGCAUCAUUAUAGAAGUCUGAUUGGUUGCUUGAUGUAUCUUACUGCAACCAGACCUGAUAUUAUGUUUGCAGUAAGCAUACUUUCAAGAUUCAUGCAUUGUGCUAGUGAAGUGCAUCUACAAGCUGCUAAAAGGAUUGUGAGAUAUGUUAAGGGUACUGUAGAAUAUGGUAUUAAGUACUCUCACUCUCAGAUUUUUCAAUUUCAUGGAUUUUCUGACAGUGAUUGGGGAGGCUCAGUUGAUGACAUGAAGAGCACAACAGGAUAUUGUUUCAGUUUUGGAUCAGGUGUUUUUUCAUGGUGUUCGAGUAAGCAAGAUAUUGUAGCUCAAAGUACAGCUGAGGCUGAAUAUGUAGCAGCCAAUGCUACUGCGAAUCAAGCAAUUUGGAUUAGAAACAUACUUGGUGAUUUGCACAUGGAGCAAAAUAAGCCAACACAGAUCUUUGUUGACAAUCAAGCUGCAAUUUCAAUUUCACACAAUCCUGUUCCAAAAGUGAAAUCAGUCUAG